GAUGUCAUUUUUCAAGCUUUGCUAGUACACGAUAAAGGAACCCGAAGCGAACAGAGAUCUUCAGAGAACUAUACUCGACCUGGCGAUGUCUAUCACCCAAACUUUUUGUUUGGCCGUCCGGCUUAUUUUGAUGUAACCGUGUGUAAUUCGUUCCAGCAAAGAUUUGUGUCGCACUCAGCAAGCAACGACGGCUUUGCGGCCUUAGAAGGAGAAAUUUCAAAGUGUAUAAAGUACGACACACCAGUGUUUCAUCUGGUGCUCUCUUCUUUCCACUUGCAGUUGAAUCAUUUGGGACAUGAUCGGAUGUCAGCUUGAAUACAUUAAAGACUAUAGCAUCUAAAACUGUUUCUGUUAAUUCUAUUCCUUUUAGUCAGUCUUUAAACAAUUUGUAGCAGCAAUUGUCAGUUAAGUUGUGGUAGUAUAAUGCACGAAUGAUUCUAAGUAGAUUGUUGUUAGACAUUAAUGACAGUAAUUUUAGUUUAUGGGAUUUGCCUGUAUCGUAGAUUGGUUGUAUUGAAAUAUAUAUUUGGAUCAAUAAUUUGCUGAGAACAGUUCCACCAAACAAAGGUAUCCAGCAACUGGCCAAAUUUGAUUCAAACCUACGGGUAUGUCUUGAUGCCAUCACUCGAUGUUCCACCUCAGACAUGUCUUGGUUGCAGACUUCAUUGCCUGUUCGCCAAAGGGGACUAGGCCUACGAGAGGUGGUGAGAAUGUCCUCUUCUGCAUUUAUUGGCAGCUGUAACUCUGUUCGGUCAUUAUGUUCUCGUCUUCUACCAACUACGCCACUUCUGGAGGAGUCAGUGCCCAAUAGUAAUUAUUUGUCGCCUGACUUUAGUGCUUUUCCUGAAAAGUCUGCUGCUAAGGAUCAUAUUCGAAGUCUUGUGCCUGACUCGCUUGACACCAUUGAUCUUACCUCGAGUAGUCAACGUGACUCUUCAACGUCUCCUGGACACCAAGCUUUCAACAACUAUCUUAGAGAAAGCAAGUUUGAGAGAUCAUGCUCGACUAAACACGAUAUCUGCUCCUCACGCUGGAGCAUGGCUAAGGGAAAUACACAACCCCAAUAUCAGCCUUGCCAUGCCCAAGAGGGAGUUCAUAAUCGCUGUUCGCACAUGGUUGGGGAUACCUUUCUCCGACCUCCUCCAAGCUCAAAGCGUUGUUCUUGUGGACAGGUUUUAGACAGUUUUGGAGACCAUCCACUGGGUUGCGGAGAGGGAACUGGAGAAAUAGACGACACAACGCUCUUGCUGACGUAGUAUUCGAAGACUAUUGUCUGAUAAUACCAAUUCUCAUAAUGAGCAACGGCUUUGCGAUGACUCGAAUGCAAGACCAGGAGAUGUAUACCAUCCAGAUUUUGAGAGAAGGCGACCGACUUACUUUGACAUAACAGUAAGAAAUUCUCUCCAACCAACAUAUAUGGUAAAGGACGCUUGUCAAGAAGGGGUUGCGGCAGAAGCUGGAGAAAGAGAGAAAGACAGCUCAUAUAAAGACACUGUUAGUGAGAAUGGAGGUGUGCUUUAUCCACUAGUUGUCGAAAGUCUGGGUUUGUGGUCGCCGUCUAGUCUCCAGAUUUUAAAAUCAAUCUGCAGAAGAACAACAUUGCACAGUCACCUCACAUCCACCAAGCAAAAAGAUUUUGCCACCGAAGGGAAUAUCCUCAUUGGUAAGAUCUCGUAGCAGUUUUUCAAUAGCAUGCAAUGCAUGCAACGGCAUCAUUGAGGCUUAAUCAAUAAUAAUAAGAUUCACUGAACGCAGCAUAGCAGCAUAGCUGGAGGAUUGCUUGACGUUGCAUGUGCUGGUGUCCAAAAUUGGAACAGGGAGCUUAAAUAAGCUGUGGACUGUUCUACCUCCACGCAGAAGAUUGGUUGCAAUGCCUGUCCGUGCUGUUGCUCCAA